GACACGCGACCACCACCACUGUCGUGCUUCUCUUCCCUUCAGCAGACAUUUCGUGUCCCUUUCCCACAGAGACGCGCAUCAUGGGCAUCCUAAGCAAAUUCGUCAAGCUGACCACGGUCGGGAGCGUCGCCGGCGUCGGCGUCUACCUGGGUAUGACGCGCAAAAUCGAGGAGGUACCGCUAUCGACGUCCGACUAUCUCUUCAAUUCGGUGCAUUUCCGCACGUUCAAUCCUCUCCAGAACCCGACAACACACGACCUGUUCGUUCGGAAAGUCCCGCUGUCUGAGAUUGACCCCGCGCUGCUCGAAAAUAAGGGGAAGCUGGUUGAGAGAUUCUGCGCGGGCGUGUGGGGAGGCCUGGGAUAUGCCUUCCAGCGUGCAUACCUCGCUCGCAAGUAUCAAGGACCCCAGACGGCGAACCAGCUGUGGUCGCGACAGGAGUUGAAAACCGCCACAUACGAGCCGGGCACCCAGAUCACGGACCACUUCGAGGUGAUCGAGAAGACUCCUGAGAGAAUCGUCGUGCGAUGCGGAGACUCGCCCUUGAAGCGCGACGUGCGGGAGUCGGACGGGUUGUUUGAGAUGUCGGCCGUCGUCAAGCCGGAGGAGGGAGUUGCUGAGUUCGGACUGAAGAGCGUUUUCUAUCAGGGUCUAGGCAAGGCAGAGAGCGAACCCAUGCCACCGAACAUCGCCUGGCUGCACAAGCUCUACACCAAGGUGCUAUUAGAGACAGCCAUCCAUCUCACGACGCGGUAGACGGGGCUGGCCCCUCGGGGGAGGGACGUCGCUGUUGUAAUCGUCGAGCAGGAGGAGGGUGCUAGGAAUAGAUCCACGAUCUCUAUCUGCUAUCUAGAUAUUUCGAAUGUAU